AUGCGCGAAAUUGUGCACGUUCAGGCUGGUCAGUGUGGGAACCAGAUAGGCGCUAAGUUCUGGGAAGUAAUAUCGAACGAGCACGGUAUUGACCCUACAGGAACAUACCACGGUGAUUCCGAUCUACAACUUGAACACAUAAAUGUUUAUUUUAAUGAGGUCAGUGGAGGAAAGUAUGUUUCUUGUGCUCUCUUGGUUGAUCUGGAACCUGGUACGAUGGAAAGUGUUCGCGCAGGGCCCUUCGGCCGAUUGUUCCAUCCUGACAAUUUCGUAUUUGGUCAAAGUGGGGCGGGAAAUAACUGGGCCAACGGUCACUAUACUGAAGGUGCUGAACUUGUCGACUCAAUUUUAGACGUGGUGAGAAAGGAAGCUGGAUCUUGUGAUGGUCUACAAGGUUUCCAACUAACUCAUUCACUUGGCGGUGGCACCGGUUCAGGUAUGGGGACGCUGUUAAUUUCAAAAAUUCGAGAAGAAUAUCCUGACAGGAUUAUAAAUAAAUUCUCUAUAGUCCCAUCACCCAAAGUCUCUGAUGCUGUUGUCGAGCCAUACAAUGCUACACUGUCUGUACAUCAACUUGUUGAGAACACUGAUGGAACGUUCUGCAUCGACAACGAAGCACUCUAUGACAUCUGUUUCAGUCAAACACUCAAGUUAACCAACCCCACUUAUGGAGAUCUCAAUCACUUGGUCAGUGCAACCAUGUCUGGCGUGACCACCUGCCUCAGAUUCCCUGGACAACUGAAUGCUGACCUGCGGAAACUGACAGUGAAUAUGGUCCCGUUCCCUCGACUGCAUUUCUUCAUGCCAGGAUUCGCUCCACUGACAAGUCGUGGCAGUCAACAGUAUCGCUCAUUAACUGUGCCUGAACUGACACAACAAAUAAUAAGAAUUCGAGUUAUUUUUACGGCUAUUCAAUGA